AUGCUUGCCAGGCCAAAGGAGUCCAUCAAUGAGAAGCUGGAGUGUGACGAGUUCCCGAUGGCGUCGAUACUUGAGGGCGGCUCCAGCGCCACGCGGAUGUGCAUCCUAGCCUCACAGAACUCAAAAUUCCAAGGGCCUUUCAUCAACUGCCUUAUCGAAUUCUACGACAUUCGACCCGGGCAGCGGUUCGUCGUCAGGAUGGUCUCGUGCUCAGCCACUGGGGCGAAGAUGCGCCGCCGCGAUGACACAGCCAACUCCAGCGACGACCCGACCGUCCAAACCAACAGCGACGGCACGCUGACGCUUGUGUCAAACACCACACAAUGGAUACCUUACCCUCAGCGAGCCGACUCCAGCGACACGGGCGGCACCGGCUUCGUGGUCAUCCCGCUCGGCAACGCGACCCAGGGCUCCUACAACACCACGCUCAGCUUCUCGAGCCUCGACGGCCUCCAGCACCUGGCCAUCGUAGACAGUGAUGGCUUCGCAUACUGGAGCGCCCAAAGCUUGAAUAGCUUCACAGGUACGCCGACAUUACCGCAAAUCUCCCUCAACGUCAGCGCGGCGAUCUUGGCGACGGUGACGCCGCGGCCGUCGUCGGGUGCGAGACCUCUGGCACCUUUGGCUGGUGGGCUAGGUGACAGAGCGUUGGCGGUAUUGGGGGUCGUUGUGGCUCUGGCGGGAGGGCUUGGGCUGCUGUUGUAA